AGUUCAGUGGCCAACCAUCAGGACAGAAAAUGGCCGAGACAGAUUCGUCCUCCCCUUCUUCGACAUCUGAACCCGCGGCAUCGCUGGCGUCGAUAGCAGAGAAUCUUCAGCGUUCUGCAGUUCAAUCUGCUCGCACUGUGCAACACAACUCUUCCACCCAGUUUCGUACCUUUCAGAACUUUUUACCCAAAGCAGUGUCACAGUAUAGAACUUAUGAAGAUGCUUUCUUCAAUAAAGUUAAAGAUGGAUUGAUCGUUGCAAAGGAGCAUCAAGCUUUAGGUGUUGGUUUUGCUGUUUCCGCUGCCCUUCUUGCUAUGCGAGCUCCAAGAAGGUUUCUGUUUCGUAACACAUUGGGUCGGUUUCAGAGUGAGGAGGCUCGGUAUGCAAGUGCUGAGAAGAAUGUGAAGGACUUGAACCUUUCAGUAGAUUUACUGAAGAAGGAGAGCAUAAAAUUGCUUGAAAGGACAACUCUUGCUGAGAAGGAAAUGAAGUAUGGGCAUACCGAACUAACGAUCACUGGAGCCCAACUUCAACGGCUGGCAAAAUCAUCAUACAAGGUUGAAGCCCAAGCUGCUGAUUUAAUAGACAGGCUGCGGCAUAUACCUAGUCGUGAAGCACUGACACUUCGAGCUGAGGUUGCCUCUUUGGCUUCAACAUUGAAGCGGCAGAGAUCUGCGAUGGAUAAACGGAUAAUGAAGAUCUCCGAGUUAGGGAUUGCUGUGUGAAGUUUUGGACCUUCUCAAUAUGCACACCCAUCUUAGUCAUACUCAUUUUCUUGAAUAAAUGUUGGGGCAUCCGCAUACAACUAUAUACUUGUAAUGCAGACCCAUCUACUGGGCGGAUUUUUUUUUUCUUUAGUAAAUUCAGUGAAUAGGUGUAACUGGAAAAUGUUUUUUUUUUUUUUUUUUUUUACUUUAGUAAAUUCAGCAAAUGAGUACACGAUAAAAUGCCACACUUACAUGAGAAUACACAUCAUUAAUAUGGCAAAUAUGCCAAUAAAAUACAUAUAUGAUGCA